AAAAUCUUAAAUCACCUUAUUACUUUAUUAAAUAAAUAAAAAAUAUGUAUGGAUUGGAUGAUUGGAGGUUGUGAAAUAAAACCAAAAAUUAGGUUCCAAAAUUUGAUUUGGGAAUUGGAAUGAAUCAACGGUAGAUGAUGCAGUCGCAUCUUUUCGUGGGACCCAUUUCCACCAUCUCUGUCUCCAGCGCCACCACCACCUCCGCCACUUUCUCUCACCGGCGCCGCCGCAAGUGCCGGACCUCACUCAUCGUCGCAGCCUCUUCUUCCUCUUCCUCUUACAACCAUAGCCAGAACCACUACUCUGUCCUCGGCCUUGACCUUUCCGCUACCUCCUCCGAUAUCAAGAAGGCUUAUCGCCUUCUCGCUCGUAAGUAUCAUCCUGAUGUUAGCAAGGAUUCUCAAGCUUCAGAGCUAUUCAAGAACAUUCGUUGUGCUUAUGAAGUGCUAUCAAAUGAAGUAACAAGAAUUCAGUAUGACAGAGCCCUUAAAUUUAGAGAACAUACCAGUAGACAAUAUGGAAGGCAAAGGAACUACAGCUCCGAAUUCGACAGUGAAGUAAGAGUCAACAGAUGGGAUGAAAUGCGACAGAGAAUCCAACGUGAGAGAUAUUGGCAAGAGAAAAGUUCUUCCUUUAGGGAAACAAAUGGAGUAUCAGACGACGAAAGUAGUUCAAUACACGAAAGAGGCCCCUUUAUUGAAGUCCUGAGAUCUGCAUUUAUCUCCCUUUUCUUAUUGCAUACUUUUGGAUCUAAACUAUCUCUCACCUUCAGUAGCUUGAUGGCCUUAUGGGAUAAGAAGCUUGACGCGGGAUACAAAAUCGGGUAUGUCAUUGCUUGGGCUUUGGGAGGGAAAGGUGGCAUUUUGCUCACUUUGUCUCUGUCGUUCGCAAGUUGGGCUUGUGGAAAAACGAGCAGCAGCAUGGUUGCUCUGGUUGUGGCAGCAAUGUGGGUUGGCUCCAAUCUCGCAAGGUAUGCACCGCUACCGCAAGGUGCUCUUCUAACUCUUCUGUACAUGUCUAUUAAAUUACAAGCUGAUCUAAGAUAAACCAUUGUUUAUUCUGCUUUGAUACAAAUAGGUAUCAAAUUCAAUCAUCAUUAUCUUGUUCAGACCUGUUAUAUAAUGAAAAAAAUGAAUAUGAUGUGUUCAAAUUUCAAA